ACCAUGGCUUAUUCCAAAAAGAUCAUCUUCUUCCUUUUCUCCUCUCUCCUUCUUCUACAUGUGGUUUCCUCCGUUGAGUUCACGGUCGUCAACAAGGCCGUUGGAACUCCUGGUGGUGUGCGCUUCGACAACGAAAUAGGCGUUGACUGCAGCAAACAGAUAAUGGUAGCUUCCACUGAUUUUAUAUGGAAAAUUUUCCAGCAAAGCUCUAUUGCUGAUCGAAAGAAUGUGCACAGGGUUAGCCUAUUCAUUGUCACUGACUAUGACGGAGUGGCCUUUGCUAGCAACAACGAAAUUCAUGUUAGUGCUAGCUAUAUUGCAAACUAUGGUGGAGACGUGAAGAGGGAGAUAACAGGUGUGCUAUAUCACGAAAUGACUCAUAUCUGGCAAUGGAAUGGGAUCCCGAAUGCACCAGGCGGGCUGAUCGAAGGGAUCGCCGAUUACAUACGGCUGAAGUCGGGGUAUAUUCCGAAUCAUUGGGUGGGACCGGGCGGCGGGAGUUCAUGGGACCAAGGGUACGACGUGACAGCAAGAUUUUUGGAUUAUUUAGAGGGGUUGAGUAGUGGGUUCGUGGCAGAGCUGAAUUGGAGGCUCAAAUAUGGCUACUCUGCCAAUUACUUCGUGCAAUUGCUGGAGAAGCCCGUGGAUCAGCUCUGGGCAGAUUACAAGGCAGCUUAUGGACAUUAGGAGUUAGAUUAAUUAUUGCUCAUCACACAUAAUAUAUAUUAUGUAUGUUUAUCGUUGUAUAAUUUUAAAUAAAAAGAAUGGAGGUGUGUCUCAUCUUCACUAAUACACAUUUUUUCGACUUA